UGAGACUAUCGAUAGCUGGCUGACUGAAUUACACAAGUGACAAUUGCAAUACAUUUUUCUUAUAAUUUUAAUUGAACCAAUUAUCUUACGUGAUGCCAUUUAUGAAAGGACGAGAGCCCAUACGGCGUACGUUAAAAUAUCUAAAUGAGGGCAAGCUAGUUUUGAAAGACACUGUGCGAAUAUUCAGCGUCAGUUACAACACGUACGGUAACCAUCAUUCAGGCGCAAGAGACUUGGUAUUUUGGAACAUACCACAAAUACAAUUUAGGAAUCCUGAUGUACAGGUCGUCACUCUAAAAAACAUGGCGCCCUCGCCUUUUGUGCGCUGCUUCUUUGAAGAUGGGCGGGAUAUGAUUAUUGACAUUGAUUCUAAGAAUCGGGAUGAAAUCAUUGAACACUUAAUCAAUGUAGUUGGAAAAACACGUAAGCAACUUGUCGCUGAAGCGCGCUUGGCGGAGAGCAAAGAUAAUCCAGCCAACUUUGGAUAUGGUUGCGAACGCCACUGUAUUUGUGAAAUACCUGGUCAAGUGUCCUGCCCUGGCACAGUGCCCCUGCCUGAGGACGUGCGUGGCAAAUUUAAGUUUGCAGCCAAAUAAAGUAACUUUAUAUUGUUUCUUAAGAGCGAA